GGCUCGUGCCACCUUCGCCAGGAACACAAACGGAACCGAGCGUCCCUCGUGAAUACCGAAACGAGGAGUCCUAGAGCCCUGCCAAAUAGGAAGUUCCUAGGCGAGUACUGGUCUCCAGCAGCGCUAAAACUGCACUCAAGCCGCACGCAGGACUCACGAGGGACAGUUAUCGACGAUCAAUAUCGAAGACCUAAAUUAUCAACAUGAAUCGGCUGAUCGUUGUGUUCGCUUUCGUAGCAGUAGCAAACGCCGGAUACCUCGGUUCCCCGGACUACGCUGAGGGCGCUGGUGCCGCUUACCAUCAACCGGCCUACCAGCAGCCCCAGAAGUUCGCGCCCCCCGCGCCGGUUGGGCACGACGGGAACGUGAUCGACACCCCGGAAGUGGCCCAAGCGAAGGCAGCUCACUUCGCUGAAUUCGCGCGUGCCGCGGCCCGCGCCGCGGAAGAGAAGGCCCAGCAGGGAGCUCCCAGCUACGAAGGUCACCAAGCGGCCUACGCUUAUCGUCCACAAGCCCAGCCGACGCCAGCGGCGUAUCCGGUUCGCCAGGCUUACGCCUCGCCCGCUCCAGUUUACGCGAGCGCUGGUCCCGUUGGGCCUUCCGCACCGGGCCACUACCAACCGGCUUACCAGGCUCCCAAGCACUACGAACAACCGAGACCGGCGAGUUACCCCAGCAAAGUACCCUUCCAGCCAGCUCCCCUCGCCGAGGAUGGAACCGUCGUCGACACACCGGAAGUAGCCGCUCUUAAGGCCGCGCGUCUCGCUGAGCUCGCCGACGCCGAGGCCAGGGCUUACAAAUCCGGUCCCGAGGAAUACGAGGGUCAAGCUUAUGCAGGUCACCAGGCUGCUCCAGCCAGCGGUCACUACGGUGCAGCCCGCAGCUUCGCACCUCAACAGCACGCAGGACUUUCGGCUUUCGCGUCCUCCCACCAAGCUUACCCGGGUCAAGGCUCGCCCUACGGAAAAGCUUACCAACCAGCCCCUCAGGCUUACCAGCCGCAUGGUUAUCAAUCCCUGAUCAUCCCAACGCUACUCGCCACCGGCGCAGCGGCCGAACACCAUUGGCUAGAAAGUGGCGAGCGCUACGGCUAUCAAGGACCCCCGGCGCCCUUAAGCAGCGAUGGAAGGGUCGUGGACACGCCGGAAGUGGCCCAUGCCAAGGCCGCCCAUCUCGCCACACACGCGGAGGUAAUCGCCAGCAUGGAGCACGACGCUCACAAUGAAGUUUGGGAGGAACCAAAUGAUGUUAAAUACGCAGGACAUCCGCACGUGAUUCCGCAGCAUUACCACGGACCACCCGCGCCCCUGGGACACGAUGGACGAGUCAUCGAUACUACCGAGGUAGCCCAAGCGAAAGCUGCCCACUUAGCGGCCCACGCACAAGCCGCGGCAAAAGCAACGGCCGAGUACGAUUACCACGGACUGCACAACGAGAUUUGGGACGAUCGAGGCAGCCAGCAUCCCGACGCGAACAAUCAUUAUUCCGGUCCAGUCGCUUACGUCCAUCAUCACUCGCCAGUGGUAUACAAAGGUCCACCAGCUCCCCUCGCGCCGGAUGGUCGAGUUCUAGACACACCGGAAGUGGCCAAAGCGAAAGAAGCUCACCUUCGGGCUCACGCGUACGCCGCAGCGCUCAACGCUCAUCGAGAUUCCCAGCUUUUCUACCAUUGACGAAUCAACUAAUCCCACGAAUCAGCACACUCGGAUUGACCUCUGAAAACGUAUCGCCCCCGUCACACAAACUUUCGUUUUAAAUAACUGACCAAUAAUGUACCUCGAAUGUAUAUAACAUUGACAUUUAUUGUAUAGCGAAUGGACAUCAAGGCAAAAGUGGUUCGUACGAUCCGUCUAGAUUUAUUGUGAUAACGAGAACAACGAACCAACUGGAAUGUGCGGAAACUGAUGUGCGAAAGUCCGAUUAAAAUAAUUUUAUACAUCGACUAGCUUUGCCCGCACGGACUUCGCCCUGUGCACCUCAGUUUUGCAAUGUCAAACACAAUUUACAGGUUUUUCUUUCAAUAAAAUACUCAAAAGGAAA